AUGCAAGGCAGUUCUAAGAGUAGCAGGGCAAUCCUCCACUCACUUAUUUCGGCCUCAGCAUUCCAUCUUCGAGGCCACAAGACUGAACGAGAUACGUCAUGGCACAUGUACGACGAAAUUGGCAGACUGAAUAGAUUACAGGCCUUGAAAUUGCUGCAAGAAGACCUCAUUGAGCAGCCGAAGGACGCUGAGGCCAUCUACAUGACCAUGUCCGCGAGCUUGACUCUUGUCACGGCUGAUAUUGUGGAAGGAGACUGUACUGAGUUUCUUACCCAUCUCCAAGCCUGCCACCAGCUUCGCGCCUUGCAUGAAGCACAACGACGGUCAAUGGAGGCCUACACGCCUCGGAUGAGGCAAUUGGAUAUCGCCGGGCUUUUUCUGACCACACUCGCUCAAACCACAGCUCACCAUCUUCCUGAAGUGUGGCAGUUUUCUCUCUUCACAACCAAUACGCCCAUCUUCAACAGUCCAUUCACUGAGGUAGAUUCAUGUCUUGAGUUUACAUAUGGGAUCACAAGUUCGAUAGCAUCUGCGAUCUAUUACACCAACCAAAUCUGGUACUAUGCCACAUCGACCAGCGCGACAAGCACAGACCUCAUUAUCAAGAUCUUUGACGCAAUACUGGAUCUUGCAGACAUGCUCGAUUGUUGGACGCCAUCUGCAGAACCAUUCGCGUCCAUUGGACCCGGCAAGCCCGGCACUUUAUCCCUGGUUCAGAAUCUUGCUAUUUCCUUCCACUCAGCAACCCAGAUAUAUUUCCAGUCAUGUUUCGACCUAGCGUCCAUAAGCCCCACUCGAAGUUCCCUAACGCACCUUUCCCGUUGCACGCUGCUCGCGCUGGAACGGGCCGAGUCUGAUAAAGCUCGACUCUCCAAGGCAGGAGCUUCUUUUGGAUGGCCUGCAUUCGUUGCGGCGUGCGAGGCACCAGAAGAACUAAGACCCAGAUGGGCCUUAUAUUUUCAGAAAUUAUUAACCUCUCGGAUUGGGAGUAUGCAGAGAGCUUGGAAUGUGGUGGAAGAGGUAUGGAGAAGAAUGGAUACAGUUCCCGCGCGCGGCGCAACUGAGCGACGCUCACGGAUUAUGCGAGUGGAAUCUACACCGAUUCGAAUAUUGGAGCCGGUAUGGGCGGCGGUUCUUCGGGAAGGGUCGAUGACACUCAUUGCGGCAUAA